UCAAUUUUUAUUUGGGUCUCACUCCCACAUACACAGUGUAGCAUCAUCUUCCUCAUCCCCAAAAUCCAGAAGUCUCAAAUCCCAAAACCUCGUUCUCACGAACCAAACCAAUGUGCUUCCAAAGAUUGAACCAUUUUCCCCUCUUCCUAACCUUUUUCCUUCUCUUCCACCAUGCCACUCCAAACCCCAUAAAAACAGUCGUCGUUAUGGUAAUGGAGAACCGCUCCUUCGACCACAUGCUCGGCUGGAUGAAGCGCCUCAACCCCGCCAUCAACGGCGUCACCGGCUCCGAGUCCAAUCCGCUCUCCGUCACCGACCCCAACUCCAAACGCUUUUUCUUCAAAGACCAGGCUCACUACGUCGACCCGGACCCGGGCCACUCCUUCCAGGCCAUCCGCGAACAGAUUUUCGGCUCCAACGACACCUCCGCCAACCCUCCGCCCAUGAACGGCUUCGCGCAGCAGGCCUUCUCCAUGGACAACACCUCGCGCAUGUCCGAGAACGUGAUGAACGGAUUCCUCCCCGACCUCCUUCCGGUCUACAAAACGCUCGUUUCGGAGUUCGCUGUUUUUGAUAGGUGGUUCGCCUCCGUGCCGGCCUCCACCCAGCCGAACCGUCUCUUCGUGCACUCGGCAACAUCAGGCGGCGCCACCAGCAAUGUGGCGGCGAAGCUGGCGGCUGGGUACCCGCAGCAAACGAUCUUCGACAGCGUGUACGAUGCAGGAUUAGACUUCGGGAUAUACUACCAGAACAUCCCCGCCACACUUUUCUACCGGAACCUUCGGAAGCUGAAGUACGUGCUGAAGUUCCACCCUUACGAUUUGUCGUUCAAGCUGCACGCCAAAGAGGGGAAGUUGCCUAGCUACACUGUGGUGGAGCAGCGGUACAUGGACACCAAGGUGUUCCCCGCCAAUGAUGAUCACCCAUCGCACGAUGUGUACCAGGGGCAGAAGUUUGUGAAGGAGGUGUACGAGACGCUAAGGGCCAGCCCGCAGUGGAACCAGACCCUCUUUCUCAUCACGUACGAUGAACAUGGAGGGUUUUACGACCACGUGCCUACCCCCGCGCGUGGAGUGCCCAGUCCUGAUGGGAUUAUGGGUCCUGAACCGUUUAACUUCACCUUUAAUAGGUUGGGAGUGAGGGUCCCUACCAUUGCUAUCUCGCCUUGGAUUCAGAAGGGUACAGUUGUUCAUGGGCCAAAUGGGUCACCAACUCCUACAUCCGAAUAUGAGCACUCAUCCAUUUCAGCAACAGUGAAAAAGCUCUUCAAUUUGCCUUCAUUUUUGACCAAAAGAGAUGCUUGGGCUGGAACCUUUGAGGGCAUUGUUCAGACAAGAACAGAGCCAAGGACAAAUUGCCCAGAGAAACUUCCAACCCCUGUGAAGAUCAGGGAGGGAGGGCCUAAUGAAGAUGCCCAGAUGAGUGAAUUUCAGCAGGAAUUGAUCCAACUUGCAGCAGUGCUUAAAGGAGAUAAUAUCCUCACUAGUUUUCCAGGUAAAAUAGGGAAAGACAUGACUGUUAAACAAGGGAAAGAUUACAUGGAUGACGCAGUUAGGAGGUUCUUUGAAGCAGGCCGAUAUGCAAAGAAAAUGGGAGUGAAUGAAGAACAUAUAGUCCAGAUGAAGCCUUCUUUGACUACGAGAUCAUCCAAAUCUUCAAACAGAAACCCUUAGAAAUAUAAUAAAGCAUGCAGCUUGAAAUAGAUAGAGAAAUGAAAGCAAUCAUUUUAAUGCAUAUAAAAACAUCUAUACAUAGUUGAAAAGGAGGCGUGUGUUUUAUAUAUAAAAUAUCGACAAUAUUUAUGGUA